AUGACUGACACCAAGUCCAUCACACUCAAGGACUGGCUCAGGGACAAAUUAAAGGCUGGGAAGAUCUGCCCCAGCAAAUCCUCAAUCAGUUCCCCCAUCAUGUUUGUCCCUAAGAAGGAUGGUUCCUGCCGCCUGGUUGUUGACUACCGUUGCCUCAACAAUUGGACCAAAAAGAAUGUUUACCCACUCCCCCGUCCUGAUGACCUAAUGGCCCAGCUCCGUGGCGCCAAGGUCUUCACUAAAUUGGACUUACAAUGGGGAUACAACAAUGUCCGUGUUAAGGAAGGGGACAAGUGGAAGACCGCUUUCCACACCAAGUACGGGCUAUACAAGUCUCUGGUCAUGACCUUUGGCCUGACAAACGCCCCCGCCGCCUUCCAGCACUUCAUGAAUGAACUGUUCAAAGACUUGUUGGACGUAUGCGUCAUCAUUUACCUUGAUGACAUUCUAAUUUACUCCAAGGAUGACGCAUCUCACGCACAACACGUUCAUGAGGUCCUGAAACGGUUAAUGGACAACCAGUUGUUUUGCAAGGCAUCAAAAUGUACCUUCCACGUCACCUUGGUAGAAUACCUGGGGAUCAUUGUAUUGGAUAAGGGGUUCAGUCUGGAUAAGCUCAAAAUCCAGGCAGUGCAAGAAUGGCCGGUACCCACCAAGGUAAAGGAAGUCCAAUUGUUCCUAGGUCACCUGGCCAGACCAUUGCACAAUCUGGUUAAGAAGGAUACAAUCUGGAAAUGGGAUACCAAGGAACAGGAAGCCUUUCAGGGGCUGAAGGACGCCAUCACCAACGCUCCGGUCCUUUGUCACGCUGACCCAACUAGACCAUACUUCCUGGAAACAGAUGCAUCCGGCGCAGCCUUGGGUUCCAUACUCAGCCAACGACAGGAAGACGGUCGUCUACACCCUCUUGGGUUUCUGUUGGAAUCAUUCAAAGGGGCAGAGCAGAACUAUGACACCCACAACAAGGAGCUCCUAGCAAUCAUCUGCUCCUUUGAGUAUUGGCGUAUCUUCUUGGAAGGAACAGCUCACCCCAUCACGGUCUUCACCAAUCACCGGAACUUGGAAUAUUGGAAGGAAUCCCAAACGUUCAACCGCCGCCAUGCCAGAUGGCACCUACUACUAGCUGGCUAUAACUUCCAGAUUGUGUACAGGCCCAGAAAACAAUCAGGAAAGCCAGAUGCCUUGUCACAACAAGCGGAUCAUGCGGAUAUCCCACCAGAACCCCAGUCCAUGUUACCAGACCCGGUGUUUGCCAAUAUUGCCUUAGUUACACCAGAGAAGGAGCUGCAACGGCAUAUCAAGUCAUCCCUAGAUCAAGACGAGUCCCUGGAGGAAAUCCUCCAAUUCCUGCAGAACAAGUCCAAAGCACCCCCCUCCAUCAAAUGCGUGUUUAAGGAUUAUGAGAUGGAGGCUGGACUGCUCUUCUAUCAAGGACAAAUUGUAGUCCCUGAUGUUGGAACACUGAGAACGGACCUACUCUGCAUCUUCCACGAUAGCCCCCUGGCAGGACAUCCGGGGAGACAGUGCACUCUAGAGUUGGUAUCAAGGAGCUACUACUGGCCCGGCAUCUGUGCUGAUACGUAUUGGCAUGUGGACUCCUGUGAGAUAUGCCAACAAAUUAGAAAGCCCAAAUACGUGUCUAUUCCUCCUCAGCCCCUUGAACUCCCUGUUAGACCCUGGCAGCACGUAUCUUACGACAUGAUAGUAGAUCUUCCUAAGGGCAGAAGCAACAACUCAAUCCUAGUAAUUGUUGACAGCUUCACAAAGUACAGGAUAUUUGUAAAAUGCUCCAAGAAACUCAAGGCACCCAAGUUAGCGGAACUAUUCCUGGAGAACGUAUGGAAGCGCCAUGGCAUGCCGGAAAAAACCAUAUCCAACAGAGGAAGAGUUUUCAACAACAAGUUCUUACGGGCUCUGUACAAACGCCUUGGCAUUGAUCUGCACUUCUCCUCCGCCUAUCAUCCCCAGAGCAACGGGCAAACGGAACGCGUCAAUCCCUCUAUCAAACACUUCCUCAGGGCGUACUCAGGGGUAAACCAAAAGGACUGGACCAGAUGGCUUCCAAUGGCAGAGUUUGCGUACAACAAUGCCGUACAUAGCAGCACGGGCAAGACCCCUUUCAAGGCCUUGUAUGGAUGGGAACCCACCUUAACCCCGUCAAAUAUACCAACAGACGUCCCAGAAGCAGACGAUCUUGCCCAGACAAUGGAGGCUCAGUGGAAGGAAGUGGAAUCAGCACUCCGGCAAUCUAAACAACAAAUGAUGACCGGAGAAAGUGGAAGCCCAACAGAGUUUGAGAUUGGAGAAGAGGCUUGGCUAGACGCCAAGAAUGUCAACCUCAAAACCUUGAGUCCCAAGCUAACAGAACAACGCCUAGGGCCAUUCAAGGUUAUUGAGAAAAUCUCCAACCGGGCUUGCCGCCUAGAACUUCCCCCAACAAUGCGGAUCCACAAUGUAUUCUAUGUAGGACUCCUAUCUAAGGUCAAAAGGGAUAAGAAGCGCGCCUUUGAGAAUUGUCCUCCACCAGUCACUGUGGACGGAGAAGAAGAGUACAAGGUGGAAGGGAUCACCAAUGCAGAAGAGAGGAAUGGGAAGUGGUUUUUCCAAGUCAAAUGGAAGGGAAAACUUAAAAAUGCCAAAAAAACUUUACAAAAAUACGAAAAAGACAUGAAAAAGAAGGCCCUUGGCGCUGCCAAGGCCCUUAGAGGGGGGGCAGUGUUGUAG